UCAGGUCCUGGACUGCCUGUAGUAUGUGCUUGGCCAGUUAGUGGACAGUACGGUCCGGGGUCAAGAGUGCUUUACUAUGUUCUCGUCUUUCUGUGCGUCUUUGGCAAAAAGGCGGAUUGGAUAAAAGAUGCCUGUUUGGCUGCCGUACUGCUCUUUCCUGCUGUCGCUGCCCUCCAUGGUAUAACACUUGCAGCUUUACAUGUCGAUGGUGCCGUAGAUAUGGACAUCUAUGGAGCCUUUCAAUUAUGCUCCUUAGGCAUUCUAGCAGCUCCAGCGACCGUCAAGAAUUCACGGACAUACUUUAUGGACCCUGGUCGAAAUAUCAUAUUUCUUUGGACAGUUCUGAUCCUUUCUGGUCUGCUGAGUCUUGCUGUUGAAUUCUUUCGCACCAAGUCUCAAAUUUGCAAAUCCAGCAACGGAAGUCUUAUCUCUCUAGCGAACUUCGACUAUGAGACAACUAACUGUACCUUGAGAUGCUCUGUAGAUGACGGGCCUUUCUCUCCAAUGCGCAAGGAUGCUGCAAACAACAUAUAUGUGAUACCAGCUCCGACUUUGUUGACCUUCGGCACCGUGACGCUCCUUUGCGCUGCUUGUUGCAUUCCAGCUAUCCUGACGCUCAUUUCCAUGUGGAACAAGAUUCUCGAGAUCAACUGGAAGUCACGCUUUGCAGCGGAAACUGAGAAGCCCCCGGAUCCGGAAGAGAAGCAAGUCAAGGCUAUUAACAGCCUGAUCAAACGUUUUCUCAAUGUCAUUGAGGCGCCAUUGUUUGGUCUUGCCGUGGUAGUUAUCCUGAUCCUUGGCGAGAUAAACUUGUUCAGUCGGCAAGUGAGAUAUCAAACCGAACCCAUAGCAAGUAUUGGUCAGUGGGCGCCAAUCGUUGGUACAGGACUCGCUAUAAUGGGAUCGCUCUCUAAUGCUUUGACACACGUCAGUACUCAACGCAGUAUGGCUAGUACAAUCCCAACAGACAGAGGAGGUCGUCGCAAAGUCGCUCAGCUCAUGAGCAAGAUAGGCGACUACAUGGGCACUCCAGGCCACGGUCAAUUCGACACAUCUUCAUUCAGACGUGAUGCCAAUACAUAUCCGACGAUACCAGGAGAACAGUUCCGAGCCGAAGGAUUGAUGGAUACAGAGCGACGAUACAAU